AUGGCUCUGAGGAACUAUGGUGUAGGACCAUCACCGCUGAGGAAGAAUAAGAUAGGGCCAUCGCCGUUGAGGAAUUUGGUAGAGUUUGAUCUGCUAGAGUUGUCAGAGCUAUCAGAUCAAUCAGAGUCAUCCGAGCAGUCAGAGCCGUCAGAGCCAUCAGAGCCAUUAGAGCUAUCAGAGCUGUCAGAACUAUCAGAGCCUCCAGAGCCUCCAGAGUUGUCAGAGCCAUCAGAGUCGUUAGACGCAGCAGAGCCGAUAGAGUUGGAUGAGCCAGCGGAAUCAGCGGCAUCAGCAGAAGCAAAGGCCGCCAGAGAGGCAAGGAUGGCGGCGGCAAAGCGAAAGAUGGAGAGGAACAUGAGCAAACUCACUCUGCUGGCCAGGAGAGUCUCAAAUAUGAAGCGGCCACCUUCUCCGCCAAAUUCACGCCAAGCACGUCUACGUGAAAUGAGAAAGAAAAAGUCGAAUCAAACGCUCCUGAGCGAACUCGUUGCAAACCAGAUGAAGUUCCGCGAAAAGAGGGAUGAAUUGCUCGAGGUUGAGGCUGAGAGCAGGCGAAUAGAUGCGCGCAAAGGCAAAGACUUGGAGGCCAUUUGCCCCUGCGGCGAUGUCCUCUUGGCAGUGGGAAGUCCACCCGUCAUGUUCCAAGUCUAUUCCCAGAGCCUCAUCUGCGCGUCGCCCGUCUUCGAAGACAUGGUGGAAGAAGCCUUCAAGAAAAAUGACGACUCCGAAAAGAUAAUCUGGCUCGAAAAUGAGAACGUCGGACUGUUCCGCAAGAUCUGCUUCGUCAUCCACCACUCCAACCAGGACGUCCCCUUGGAGCUUUCACCGGCCGUUCUUCUUAAUAUGGCCGUGGUGGUGGAGAGAUAUCAGCUCCAGAACGCGUUUCGAUUCGUGUCACGACAGUGGCUGCUAAGCGGCAGAGACAGCGAGGCAUUCAAGAGGGAUCCCACAUUAGGAUCUGGGUGCUACAUGGCGGCGGCCUGCUCGUUCGACGACGACGUCAUGUUUGAGAGAUGCACGCAGAUCUUGGCUGGCUUUUGCUCGACGCCCUUUAAGCAACUAUGGGCACGAGCCAAGGUGAGCAGCAUACUGAUCCGCGAGACGGGGCUGGGCUGCUACGCCAAAUGGGACAAGGCUCGUCAGGAAAAUUACGAAAAGAUCCUCACUCAGUACAGACCAACAACGAUUGCUUGCUACCCCCUUUCGUAUGUGGUGGUGGAGGCAAAGAGGUCCUUGUUCAAGGAGUUGGGAGGAGACGGCGCGCCGCUGGAGUGCAUGAACAAUAUUGUAGAGGCAAUGGACGACGUUUUGAGGACGGCUGGGAUAGCUCUGAAGAAGUACAGAAGGAUUAUGAGGCUGGAGGGGAACGCUGGUUUGGAGGAGAGUAGCACCAAUUCUGGCUAUAUCCAACUGGAUCAACACGGUCAACAUCCACAUCCGCCAGCAAUGCACACGCCGAGCUACGAAAUCCGCAAAAGGGGUCAUCCAGAAAAUGCCAAUAUUGCUCUUCAUGCAACAACGGCCUACAAUAUCGCCACGAUGCAAAAGGGUCACAAUGCUCUGGCCAGAUGCCUCCUCGCCGCAUCACCAACACCCGUCGGCUACUCUCGGUGCACUCCGUCCAAUGUCGAUUGUGCCAGCAUCGCAUCUAAUCAUAUGUUUCAAACCAGUCUCAUCACCCGAUCUCUACACGAGCCCCCUUUCUUUUCCACUUGGCAAGGUAGUACUCCGUAG